AUGCUAUUUGAAGUCAACCGAAAACUGUUCAAUCGCUCAGAUCGCGUCAAGGGCGUCGAUUUUCACCCCACAGAACCAUGGAUCAUAACAGCCCUUUACAAUGGGUCAGUGAAUAUAUAUAACCAUGAAACUGGGGUUCUCGUCAAAACAUUCGAAGUUGCGGAAGUACCUGUACGGUGUAUAAAAUUCAUUGCACGCAAGAACUGGUUCGUCGCUGGAUCCGAUGACUUCCAGCUCCGAGUCUUCAACUACAACACGCAUGAAAAGGUUGCGACGUUUGAAGCACACCCCGACUACAUUCGAUGUCUGACUGUCCAUCCGACCGCGAGUAUUGUGCUCACUGGUAGUGAUGAUAUGACGAUAAAGGCCUGGGAUUGGGAUAAGGGAUGGAAGAACAUUCAGACGUACGAAGGCCACACCCACUACAUCAUGAACCUUGCUUUCAAUCCCAAAGAUUCCAACGCGUUCGCCUCGGCAUGCUUAGAUCGCACAGUCAAGAUGUGGUCGUUGGGAUCUCCGAAUGCCAAUUUCACCAUGGAUGCCCACGAAAAGGGUGUCAACUAUGUCGAUUUCUAUACUGGCGCCGACCGACCCUAUGUUGUUACUACCGGUGACGAUAAAACGGUUAAAGUUUGGGACUACCUCAGUAAAUCGUGUGUUCAAACGAUGGAGGGACAUACAAACAACGUCUCGUUUGCCGUUUUCCAUCCCAACCUCCCAAUCAUUAUCAGUGGUAGCGAGGACGGUACUGUGAAGAUCUGGAACGCCAGCACGUACCGUAUCGAAAAUACCUUGAGUUAUGCCCUCGAGCGGUCAUGGUGUGUCGCCUUGCGGAAGGAUGCGAACGAGGUGGCGUUGGGCUAUGACGAGGGUCUUGUCGUGAUCAAGCUCGGGAGGGACGAGCCUACAUUCAGCAUGGAUCCUUCUGGAAAGCUUAUUUACACGAAAAAUCACCAAGUGCUUUCCGGGAACCUUCAAACUAUUCAUGCUGAUGAAUCCCCGGCGUCGGAUGGCGCGCGACUCCCAUUGCCAUCGAAAGAAAUCGGUUCUACCGAGGUAUACGCGUCCUCUAUCAUCCACUCGCCCAAUGGUCGUUUCGUCACGGUAGUAGGCGAUGGAGAGUAUAUUACAUACACUGCCCUUGCAUGGAGGAACAAGAGCUUCGGUAACGGUAUCUCCUUUGCUUGGGCACCCGAUUCGAAUACCUAUGCGGUGUUGGAGAAUAAGGUCAAGCUCAAAAUCUACAAGAGUUUCAAGGAGAGAGGGGCUGGUAUGAAAGGCUCAGGAGGGUUCAGUUUGGAGGCUAUUUACGGGGGCCCUUUACUGGGAGCGAGAGGAAAUGGCUUCGUCAUGUUCUGGGAUUGGGAGACCGGAGAGAUUGUCCGGCGAAUUGAUGUCGAUGCUAAAAAUGUAUAUUGGUCAGGCACAGGUUCUCUUGUCGCCAUCGUUACGGACGAAUCGUUCUACAUCUUACGACUCGACCGUGAUGCGUACGAAGUCAAGCUUGCUGAAGGCGCUGAAAUAACGGACGAAGGAGUGGAGGAAGCUUUUGAAGUGGUUGCCGAUGUUCAAGAGAGCGUCAGAACCGCGAAGUGGAUAGGCGAUUGCUUUAUCUACACGACAAGCACCAAGAGACUGUCGUACUUCGUUGGUACUGAAUCAUAUACUAUCAGUCCAUUCGAUACCCCCCUAUACCUCCUCGGUUAUAUUCCUGCUCACAACCGCAUCUAUCUUGCGGAUAAAGACAUGAACGUUUAUGGAUACACACUUUCCCUAAAUGUUGUUGAAUAUCAGACCGCUGUUCUUCGGGGUGACAUGGAUGCUGCUGCGGAAAUGUUACCGACACUUCCCAGAGACCAGCUGAAUAAAGUGGCGCGAUUCUUGGAGGGACGAGACCUAAAGGAACUGGCGUUACAGAUAACAACCGAUUUGGACCAUAAAUUCGAUCUUUCACUACAACUGGAUGAUUUAGACGCAGCACUAGAAAUUGUAAGUGGGGUUCCGGAAAUCGAAGCAGAAAUGAAGUGGAAGGCGCUGGGUGACCGGGCCUUAGCUGUUUGGAGGUUUGAAUUGGCACGAACGUCCUUCGAAAAGGCAGGAGAUUCAAGUGCACUCAUGCUUCUAUUGCUGUCAAUUGGUGAUAGGGAAGGACUCGCCCAAUUAGCGAGGAAGGCUGAGGAGAAGGGAAAGAAUAACCUCGCCUUCGCGAUAUACUUCCAACUUGGGGAUACCUCAGCCUGUGUAGACCUGUUAAUAAAGACACAGAGAUCACCGGAAGCAGCGCUAUUUGCUCGGACAUACGCACCUAGUCAAAUACCGAAGGCGGUCGAUGCCUGGCAGGCUGACCUGGAGGCAAAAGGCCGGUCGAAGAUUGCAGCGUGUAUUGCACACCCCAAACAACAGCCGGAACUGUUUAGCGAGGGUUUAGAUGUCGCUUUGGCUAGAGAAAGUUCGGGGUCUCUCUCGGAUUCUGCAACUGACUCGCCGGUACUAGUAGAUACCAGUUCGUGA